AUGGCCAGCAACAAUAACUUCCAACUCUCCGCAAGCCUGACCGGCCACGAAAAAGACGUCCGCGCCGUCUGCUUCCCGGUUCCAGGAUCAAUAUAUACUGCCUCUCGAGACUGUACAGUCCAAGCGUGGAACGAGGCGUCCGCGCUUCCGCCUACAUACUCUGGGAACCUGCUGGCCCAGGGGCCUUAUUCGUUCAACUCUCUUGCUUUCCUCCCUCCCUCGGAGAAUCGCCCACAAUACCCAAAGGGCCUUGUUCUUGCUGGUAGCCACGGCCAUACAAUCGAAGUUUGCCAACCAAAUGCAGACAUCUCUGGUGCUCGUGUCGCCCUGCUCUCUGGGCAUACCAGCAACGUAUCAGCACUCAGCGUUUCCCCGAACGGCGAUUUUGCAAUCUCCGGCGACUGGGAUGGACGUGCAAAGCUCUGGAACACAAACACAUGGGAAGCUGACCUCGAACUAAUUGGCCCCGAUCCCAACGACAAACAACGAGCUAUAUGGGCAGUACUUGCCUAUAGCAAUGCCAUUAUAAUGACUGGCUCUGCCGACCAUGUAAUCCGUGGUUAUAGUCUCCAGACAAAGAGAGAGAAAGAAGGAGAACUGCAGCCUGGUGUGUUCAUCCGUACGCCCGAUGUCGUGCGCGCAUUGUGUCGAGUCCGUAAACACCCAAGCAAUGCCCAGGUAGCAAGUGCGGGAAAUGAUUUCUUGAUUCGCCUUUGGCAGUUUAAUGGAGCACAAGUCGGAGUCCUCCGUGGCCACGAGAGCUUCAUCUACGCGCUGGACAGCCUACCAACCGGCGAGCUAGUCAGUUCCAGCGAAGACCGCACGGUGCGCAUCUGGAAGGAUCAGUCAUGUAUUCAAACUAUCACCCACCCAGCACUCUCGAUCUGGUCGGUUUCGGUGUGCCAAAAGACGGGUGAUUUUGCGACAGGCGCCAGCGAUAACAUUGCGCGUAUCUUUACCAGGGACCAGCAGAGGACCGCCUCCGAGAACACGCUCAGGGAGUUCUCCGAGUCCCUCCAACGCUCGUCUAUACCCCAACAGCAGAUGGACGACAUCAACCCCAACACUCUACCUGGUCCAGAGUUUAUCGAAACGAAGUCUGGUACAAAGGAAGGGCAAACAGUUAUGAUCAACUCUGGAAACGGAAACAUCAGCGUCUACCAAUGGUCUGUGGGACAAAACCAGUGGCUCCUUGUUGGAUCCGUUGUGGACUCAUCGUCCCACGAGGUUGAGACCGAGACAACGACGGCUAUCGACUCGGUUACAGACGGCGACUCCCAUGCCGGCCAUGCACUUGGACCGUAUGCGGUGUUUGUCACUUUGGCCCAGAGUAACUUCACACCCGUUCUAAAUCGGAUAAAGACCGUCAACAGCACCCUGUCAGAACAAGGUAGCAAGGUGUCUUUGGGGGCAGAUCAAGUGGGACAAUUAGCAUCGCUGGUCCAGACACUGUCCAGAUCCGCUCCUUCAAUCCCCACGACUGUUCCUGCCAUGGUUCCCGCUGUGGUGACUGAGUCGUUCAGUCUAGAACCAAGCGCCAUUGCUUUGGUUCUACAGGCGGCAACCACAUGGCCCUACAAGGAUAGACUUCCGUGCCUGGAUCUCCUGCGGUGUAUGGCACCGUCGGUGUCACUUCCAGAGUAUAUUGGAGGCCAAGGUGAGGAUAUCUUAACCGUAUUGCUCCCGAGCAUUAUAGACUAUCCGAAAGAGAGUGGGUCAGAGCUGGUUGCUGAUCCAAAAUCGGUGGAAAACAAUGCCAUGAUGGUGCUCCGUCUCAUUACAAAUCUCUUCGUCACUACGCCAGGCCAACGACUCGCCGUUAAGAGGAUACAUGAGAUAGUCGAGUUUCUAUCUCAUAUCCUCGACAUAACGGCGCGGAAAAACCGCAACAUGAUGGUGGCAUGGGCAUCCGCAGCUAGCAAUAUCACAUCAUUUGCUCUUCGGGAACAAGAAGCCACGGGCCAAAAUUCGGUUGAUGACUCCUUGGUCAAAUUGAUCAAGUUGCUCGCCGUACCAAUCUUGGACCUCACCGAUGCCGAAGUGGUCUACCGCUCGCUCAUUGCUCUAGGUAACCUCGCAAGCAUUCCUGGCCAAGGCGACUUCGCAGGGCAAGUGCGAUCCGCCAGCGCCGGUACGUGGGUCAAUCUGGCCAUUGGAAAAUCAGAAGAGGCCAGAGUCAAGUCGGUUGGCGAAAAGGUCUUGAAGACAUUUGCAACAUAA